UUGGUGGGAAUUCGUUUCGCUGAGACAAACAGAAGUGAAUAAUAUCUGGUUGGUACGUAUCGCCAUUUUGGACGUGAAUCUGUACCUUGCAUUUUGUACACACAAUUGCGAUGAAUUCGCGUGCAUAAUCCGCGUUACGAAUUCUGCCAUAGUAAAUAACCUGCAUUUGAGGUUAUUUUUCAUCACUCGUGAACACUGAGGGAGCAUCCGUGCUCCAAAAACAACGCAGCAACGAAUCGCUCGUACAGAAACAACAUGCCCAAACCACGCGGCAACAACAACAAAUGGUACCCCAACGAUAUGACAUCGAAACGGGUAAGCUUCAAGCAGCCGCGUGGAGGACGCGGCGAUAACUUCAUUCGCACAGACUUGAAGAAGUUAAUGAGCCUUGAGGAUUCCGGGAUUGACCUGCGUAAUUACCAUGGAGGACAAUCCACCCAUCACAGGAAGAUGAACCGCGGUGGCGGGCGACAUCGUUCCGGAUCACCUGCACCUCAGAAGAGGUUAUUUAACAGCCCACUGAGUUGGUAUCGUGUACAUCUGCCAUUUGGUGGCAAGUAUGACAAACCAUAUUUGCUGAAGAAGUUGUUGGAUAAUAUCACACCUCUGGCGUUGUUUCCAUACAUGUAUACAAUGGAAGGCAGAUCAGCAAGCUUCUAUGUGGAAGACUUUCGCGUUGCGGAAAAGCUCCAUAUGCUCAAUAAAAGUAUAGAAAUGCCGGAUGGUUUCAAGCUUGUUAUACGUGUACAAGCAGACACGCCGAGCGUGGACGUCAACGACGUUCUGCGCGAGAAAAUGAAGGUCGUGAUGUCGAAACGAUUCAAUCCGGUGACGAAAGCGCUGGAUCUUAGCAAGUUCCACGCCGAUCCAGACCUCCAAGACACAUUCUGCCCGCUCUUCAAACCAGUGGUCAGCGUUGCAGCUAUCAACAUAAUCGCCGAGAACAUUCCCGAGCUGGAAGCGCUCAAUCUCAACGACAACAACAUCCAGGUGGUCACACAUCUCAAGGACCUGGACAAGAAGAUGCCCAACCUUAACACAUUGCAUCUCGCGCACAACAAGCUUAAGAGCAUUAACCAUUUAGACAAUUUUACCGGUUUGCCGUUAGUUGAGCUCAUACUGGAUGGAAACCAAUUGUGCGACAACUUUAAAGAUCAGGCGUCUUAUAUCAGCGAAAUUCGCAAGCGUUUUCCCAAACUUUUGAGGCUUGAUGGCGUUGAUUUGCCACCUCCGAUUGUCUUCGACGUGGAUGAUGUGAAAAUGCCCGCUCCGGUGCCCACCUUCCUGUGCAGUCAGGAAGGGCAAACGAUGGUGCGGCAGUUUCUCGCCCAGUACUUCGAAAUCAUGGACAGCGAUAAUCGAAAGGCACUGCUGCAUGCGUAUCAUGAGCACGCGGCAAUGUCCUGCACAAUGGCAUACGGGUACAAUCAACAUCCGAAGAACUCUCCUCAAUUAAAUUGGUACAACACCGACAAUCGUAAUCUGGAGCGCAUCACCGAUGCGGAACGCCGUCGCAAACUGCUCAAACAGGGCCAUCUUGCUGUUGUCGCCUUUCAUGAGGAGAUGCCGCAGACCAAACAUGAUUUGAAUAGUUUCACGGUUGAUUUAAUCUUGUACACGCCACAAAUGAUUUCACUGAACGUGACCGGACUGUUCAAGGAGACACGCACCGGCAAGAAAAACUCGCCGAUACGUCACUUCUUCAGAUCAUUUGUUAUCACUCCAGUUGGAACAGGAUUCUGCAUUAUCAAUGAGAUGCUACACAUCUCCAACGCCACCGAGACCCAAAUGGAUAACUCGUUCAAGACAAACGUGACCGAGUCGUCGUCAUUUCUAGCACCGGCGAUGCCGAUAGCAUCACCAGUUGCUUCCGUGUCAGCGCCUCCAGUUGACUUCACGAAGCAACAGAUGUUGCAGGCGCUCAUGCAAGCAACUGGCAUGAACAUGGAAUGGACGCAAAAAUGUUUAGAAGAAACAAAUUGGGACUACGACCGCGCACAAUUUGCCUUUACAGAAGCAACGAAGCAGGGUGCUAUACCCCCUGAAGCCUACAUCAAGUAAAAUCCUUCACAAUGUUAGCUUCGAAUAGUUUUGUAAAUUUCCAAUUCAUAGUUUUAUGCGCGAGAAUGAAAUGAACUGGGCGUAGAACGCGCUCACCGUCGGCGUGUUAAUGAUUGAGACUGCGGGGGUUGCUGAAUAAGUUGCGGAUUGUGUUGCGGCGGAUAACUUUGCGGACAAUUAUUUAAAAAUGAAGAACUUUUGAUGGUGUAAACUGAAGAAAGCGUUAAUGCGAUAACUAAAUAACUAAAUGUGGUUGAUACAUUAUAAUGCCAAUAAAUGUUAUUUUAUUACAAAUUAA